AUGGCUACCUCUAAAGAUCUCAGCCAGAGGCUGUUUGACCAAACCGACCGUCGGUCGUACACUGAGCCAUCGCCUCAGGGUUCAUUCAAGGACAAGUCUCAGGUUGAGACCCACCAGUGCGAUGUAUCCGAUACGCACCCCGACAAUCCCUUCGCGGACCCCGAGGUCGCAGAGCGCUAUGCCCUCAUCUACGAGAAGGCGGAGUACGAGUGUCGACAUGUGUUUGACCCCACACUGACAUGGACUCCUGAAGAGGAGAAAGCACUCGUGCGGAAGCUGGACUGGCGUGUGUGCUUAUGGGCGUGUGUGAUGUUUUUCGGUCUCCAGGUCGACCGAGGAAAUCUCGUUCAAGCUGUGUCGGAUAAUCUGCUUGAUGAUCUUGGUCUGACAACAGACAACUACAAUACCGGAAACACCAUCUUUCUCGUUGCUUUUCUCUUAGCCGAAUUGCCCUCGCAACUGGUGUCCAAGCAAAUUGGCCCUGAUCGGUGGAUUCCCACGCAGAUGACCAUUUGGUCCAUUGUUGCAGCAGCACAAGCAGGACUAACUGGGAAAACGUCGUUCUAUGUGACGAGAGCUCUACUGGGAGUACUCGAGGGUGGCUUCAUCCCCGACAUUGUGCUCUGGUUGUCCUACUUCUAUACCAGUCGAGAACUCCCAACUCGUCUCAGUCUCUUCUGGACCGCUCUAUCCGGGACAACGAUCAUAACCUCGUUCAUGGCAUUUGGAAUUCUCCACAUGCGCGGCGUGCAAGGCAUGGCCGGCUGGAGAUGGCUCUUCCUCAUCGAAGGUUUGAUCACUCUAAUUAUCGGUCUCGCCUCCUUUUUCCGCAUGCCCGCCUCAGCAGUCGACACCAAGAAAUGGUUUCGACCCAAGGGCUGGUUCACCGACCGCGAGAUCAGCAUCGUGGUCAACCGCAUCCUCCGCGAUGAUCCCUCCAAGGGGGACAUGCACAACCGCCAAGCCAUUACCCCCCGUCGACUGUGGAACUCUAUCCGCGACUACGACCUCUGGCCUAUCUACCUCCUCGGUCUGGUGGUCUAUAUACCCAUGACUCCAGUAACAUCCUACAUCACUCUCACCCUGAAAGAUGUCGGAUUCAGCACAUUUGAAACCAACCUUCUCAACAUCCCUUACAACGUUGGUCACAUCAUCUGCCUCUUGGCUCUCACACGCCUUAGCGAGUGGCUCAAUGAACGCACCUUCGUCUCCAUGAUCCAGAACAUCUGGACCCUCCCAUGUGUUAUCGUCUUGCGGUUUUGGCCCGGAACCAUGGUCAGUGCAUGGGGAACGUAUGCGAUCGUGACGGUAAUGCUUUCGUAUCCCUAUUGUCAUGCUAUCUUAGUCGGAUGGUGUUCUAAGAACUCGAAUAAUGUCGGGACGAGGACGAUUUCGGCGGCCCUAUACAACAUGUUCGUCCAAGUGGGCGGCAUCAUCGGAAACAAUAUCUAUCAAGCAGAUGAUAAACCGAAAUACCAUCGCGGAAACACAGCUCUCAUUGCUAUUAACAUCCUUGCUAUCUUGCUGUUUAUCUUCACAAAGGUGUAUUAUGUCUAUAGGAAUAAGCAGAGGGAGCGCGUGUGGAGUGGGAUGACGGAGGAGCAACGGCAGCAUUAUCUGCAGACCACGCAAGAUACUGGGAAAGGGUACUGGAGGGACAUUCUGGGAGACGAAGAGCGGGAGAUCGAUGAUAAGGAUACGUAUCCACGAAAGCUAUCCUCGAUCAUGAAACAAGUCUGGGAUAUGGGUACAUUCUGGUUCAGUCUUGCGCUCUCCAGCCCAAUCGGGCUCUUUGCAUUGUUCGAUAAGCAGAUCCAACCGAUCAUGACAGAGAAAUGCCCGGACCAUGAAGCCUUCCAUCAGAUAAUGCCAUGGUACUGGACAAGAGAUACAAUAGGAACAUUGACCCGCAAACUCGCGGACAGAGAGGACUAUGAUUAUCGCCUUCGCAAGGCAUUCGAUGAAGGCAGCGACAGAACCUCAACCUCGUAGUUACUUAGCUUUUGGCAGGCAGAAGGGAUUAUCCAGCCUCCCUCUUUCCGGUACUGUCAUUGAGAACCCCACUCGGAACCUCAGGCAGCGUA